AUGAACAAGGUCAACCUGCCUAUGGGCCUGGCCACCGAGAAGGGGAUCCUCACAUGGGGGAACGUCUCGGCAACGACCAACGCAGUGCUCCGAACUGCGUUCCGGCGCGCCACUACGUUUGCGCUAGAUGCCAAGGAUAUGACGUUUGAGGCUGUACACUCCGCCGGAAUCAAGGUGGCCGCGGGCAAGUUUGGAGAAAUCGACAGGGCGGAUAUUGCAAAUUUUGUCUCUGUCGUCCUCGGCCUAUACUUUGCUUACAUAUCUGGCCUGGUAUUCUACCGCUUAUAUCUGCAACCCUUCGCAAAAUUUCCCGGUUAUAAGAUCUGCGCUGCUUGCGAUUGGUACGAGUUCUACUGCUAUAUUAUCAAGGGCGGACAAUAG